AUGGAACAAAGUAAUGAGAAACAACUACAAAUACAAAGGCUAUUGGAUACUAUCCAAAGGAAAGGGGAAACUAUUCAUAACCUGGAGGCACAAGUGAGUCAAUUAGUUGAAGCAUUUAAUGCUCAACAAGCUAAUAUUGUGAAUAGCAGCCAAAAAGAGCAUGCAUUAGAUGCAGAAAUUGAGGUGCUAAUAGAGGAGGAACAAACUUAUGUGGAAAAGGAUCAAAUAGGAGAAAAAUUGGUGAAAAGAGAGCUAAAGAGAAAAGUCCCAGACAACGAAGCGAGAUUCACUUUACCAGACUGGGAUCAGAGCAGAAGGAACCAGAAAAGUUCCGGACAGCGAAGCAAGUUGAUUCAAGAGCUCUCAAUUGACUGUGCCUAUUUAUUAUGUAUUGCUUGGAAAAAGUAUAGGGAGAGCAAAAAGGACUUACACAUGGUUUUCAUUGACCUUGAGAAAGCUUAUGACAAAGUCACGAGGGAGGUGCUAUGGAGAUGUUUGGAGGUUAGUGGUGUCCCGAUAGCAUACAUUAGGGUGAUUAAGGACAUGUACGAAGGUGCUAGUACUCGAGUGAGGACUGCGGGAGGAGACUCGAAAUAUUUUCCUGUGGAGAUGGGGUUGCAUCAAGGAUCAGCCCUUAGCCCGUUUUUGCUUGCCCUAGUGUUGGAUGUGCUGAUGCGACACAUACAAGGGAGGGUGCCAUGGUUAAAAGUGUGGCGACAGACACUGGAGUCCAAAGGCUUCAAGUUGAGUAGGUCGAAAACUGAAUACUUGGAGUGCAAGUUCAGUGACGAGAGGCAUGAAGAAGAAGUGGAAGUAAAGAUUGAUACUCAAGUCAUUCCCAAAAGACAUAGUCUCAAGUAUCUUGGGUCUAUAAUCCAAGGCGACCAUGAGAUUGACGAGGAUGUUAUUCAUCGCAUUGGAGCGGGUUGA